GCUCAGUAUCCAGCAGCUCACGUUGUUCAGGGUCACACAGUUUGAGCCUUGCUAUCAUAGUUUGCUGGCUAACGCAAGCUGUAGAGGACCACAGCGAUAACACUGUUGAUCUUGACGCUAUGAGAUCAGCAGCGACAAUUAUAACCCUGUUUUAAUCCGCCGCAGCCAAUGGAUCCGGGGGGCGGACGGGACUCGCUAGGGGAGUUAGCUGCCUGCGAGGGAUCCGAUUGGGCCGCUUAAAAAGGACACGCACGCGCUGCCUGCUUUCCGCUACAAUCUCCGCCUCACAGAAAUAGAAAGGUCCAACAGGAAGAGCGAGUCUAAUAGGAGGAAAAUAAUAAGACAACCUUCUCCAAGUGAUAGCGGCUUUUAUUAGCACGACUAACUGUUUACCUUCCCAUCAAUCCACCGAGCCCGGGGGGUAAAUAGUUAGCUUUAAUCUGAUUCAGAGCUAGCCAAUUUUUAAAAAUUCGUGGCGCAUUACAUAUUCCUAUAAUUUAAACCAAUAGUAAAUCUUCCAAUCUGUGCAUUUUCUAAAGUAAUGGCCUUGGACUUCGCUGCUGGAUGCAUUGGAGGUGCUGCUGGCGUUUUGGUCGGGCAUCCAUUCGAUACCGUAAAGGUGGGUGUUUGCUAAUUCCUCUUUACUUUUAAUCUUGUUAGGCAAUAAUAGGGUUAAUUAACACAGUUGGUGUUUCAGUGUUAAGCCAGAACAUCUUAUGUUUCUAAUUAUAAAGCUAUGUAAACCCAGUGUUAAUAUUUUUUGGCGAUAAUACUUGACAAACUAAGAACUUAAAAACUUUCUUUGCAUGUUUAUCAUUAAAUACGUUUAGCUAGAAAGGUGCUAAAAAAUGAAAAGUUUACAUAAAGUAGCAAUAACUGCUUAUUGAGAGGAGGGCCUCUGAAAGACUGGCUUCAUUUAAAGGAAUAAGACUCCCUAAUCGAAUGGAACCUUUCUAUUUUUUAACUAAAAAAAAAGGCCUUAACAUUCUAUCACUGAUAGUCUGGAGUUUUUUUCUUGAAGCCACUAGCUUCUUAAGCAAUCCAGAGUCAAAUAGGUCUGUUGUUCCAAAAAUCCUGGCAAGGUGAGAAAGCUUCAUAUGAAGGCAAAUGUGUUAGUGACUUAGUUUGAGGUUGUUUAAAGGAACACGAAGAUGGUGAAUGGCUUUUGGUUGUAGUUCUCUUUACACCUUGCUUUUGAUGUCAUUUCUCCCUGAGCCGGCGUCUGCUUGGGGCUCGGGGCGGCUGUCUUUAACAGCUACAGUGUCACUGUGUUGUAGAUGAGAGAGAGAAAUAAACAACCUCUCCACGGAAAUGUGACCUAGUGCGGCUUCAGGUACAAAAUGUGGACAAACCUCUUUACCGUGGGACUUUUCACUGCUUUCAGUCAAUUGUACGCCAGGAGUCGAUGCUUGGUCUGUAUAAAGGCAUCGGUUCUCCAAUGAUGGGCCUGACUUUCAUCAAUGCGAUAGUCUUUGGCGUCCAAGGCAACGCUAUGCGGCACCUUGGCAACGAUACGCCUCUCAACCAGUUCCUGGCUGGAGCUGCCGCUGGAGCAAUCCAGUGUGUAAUCUGCUGCCCAAUGGAGCUGGCCAAGACGCGCAUGCAGAUGCAGGGAACCGGGGAGAAAAAGUCAAAGAAGAAGAUGUACAAAAACUCCCUGGACUGCCUGGUGAGAAUCUAUAAGAGGGAAGGGUUCAGGGGGAUCAACCGCGGCAUGGUGACCACCCUGGUGCGUGAGACGCCGGGCUUCGGCGUGUACUUCCUGGCGUACGACGUGCUGACACGUUCACUGGGGUGUGAGCCAGAAGACCCUUACAUGAUCCCAAAGCUGCUCUUUGCUGGUGGAAUGUCCGGCAUCGCCUCCUGGCUCUCCACCUAUCCGGUGGACGUGAUCAAGUCGCGUCUGCAGGCCGACGGAGUCGGGGGCGUCAACAAAUACAGCAGCAUCAUGGACUGCGUCAGGCAGAGCGUGCAGAAGGAGGGCUACAGGGUCUUCACCCGCGGGCUCACGUCCACGCUGCUCCGUGCGUUUCCGGUGAACGCAACAACGUUCGCCACAGUGACUCUGUUUUUAAUGUACAUGCGACGGGAGGAGGAAUGCAGCAUGCCGACAUCAGAGCCGCAGCCUGUGCAGCUGCAGCCUCUGCAGCAGCAGACGCAGCCCACCAGCAUGUAGAGGCAGGCAGGUUUGUGGUCAGUUAGCUGUUCAUAAUGACUAUAGACAGCCGACUGCUGAUGAGCCACCUGUUCAGGUGAGGACCCAUCCAUCCGUGGUAUUUAAAUAAACUUUUUUUUUUUUUUUUACUAAAAGCUGCAUUUGUAUAUAAAUGGAUUCUUUUUAACACGUGCUUUUGUACAAAGAGCAAGUUCUCAAAACAUUAGAAAACUGUACUGUGAUGAUUACCAAAAUGUAUGGUUUAAAAAUAAGUGUUUAGGUCAGAAUGGAGUCGUACCUGUUAGCAGGUAUCCCGUUUAGCAGUUGCACAUGCUGAAUUGUGCAUUCAAAUACUUGGUAGCCAAAAAAGUAACAGUUAUGCAUCCAAAUCAGUGCAGCUCUGUUCUUUUUUUAUAGCAGUAAAAUUUUACUAAAACAUGUUAAAUCCAGGGCUGAAACAAUUAAUCGAUCGAACUAAAUUUCAAAUAACUCAGCAAUAGGGUAAUCGUUGACUCGGGUAUAGAGACUAUAAAUCAUGCCUUUAGCUGACAGAUAAAAACCCACUUAGAGCAGAAGUUAUAUUAAAAUAGUAAAAAAAAAUAUAUAUAUAUUUUGCAUUCAAGAUAAAAAAAAUAAUUUUCACCUGUUAAUGUGCUCCAUCCACAAGUGGAAACGUUUUAGUUUUACCUGGUUUAAAUCUGUUAAAAAAAUCUCUUAAAACUUUUGCUAUCUGAUUAUAAUCAAUCGAUUACCGUAAUUGAAUUGCAAAAUAAUCGUAUCAUUUGAUUAUUUGGCAUCUUGCAAUAACAGCUUAAAUACAGAUGUUGAUAUUGCAGAAAGUUCCCAAAGGGUAAUUCUAUUUGUUUUUUUUUUUUAAGGUCACUGAACUUUACUUUGUGUUUUGGCUGUGUGAGGCUCACCUCACUCUGAAUGUAGUUCAGAUUCUCUUAGCACACUGUUACAUAAACCUCUUUGGAUCAGAUCUUUCUGUAGUUUCCCAGUAUUUAAUCCGAGCUUAAAUCAAAAGUAAAGCGGCCUCCUCCUGUCUGUUUUUACUGAAGCACCUUAUAACCGUAUGUAUGGUUGAAGCAAAAGAAGUCUGACUUUUUGUACCAGUUGGAUAUUUUUUUUUUUUGCUUUGCUUUAAACUAAUAAAGUUGUUGGAAACGGGAUUUUCAAAAUCUAAAUGAACUAUUUCCUUGUCAGCAGGAGUCACUUUGUCCACAAGGGUGCAGCAUCAGACCAGCUCUGUCCAAUCAGCACCACCCAAUAAACCCACCAGACUGGAGUAGCUGCCCUUUUGAAAGACCGGUUUAUUUGACUGUUUACGAUGAAUGUUUGCAUAUAAAAUUUAAAAUAUGGAGAAAAGUGAACAGGGGGACACAAACCAGACAUGCAGAAACAAGAACCUGUGUGUAGAUGAUGCUGAUGUUGGAUUGCAGAGUGAACACAAUGUACGUAAUGUGAAACUGCUCUUUCCCCCCCAUAUUUUUGUCAAGGCUUCAGUAUGAGCUGUAAAUCUGUAGUUUUGUAAUUUCUUUUGCAUUUUUUUUAUAGGUGGAAAUGAUUUGAUAUACUUUUGGGAUGCUUUAGAUAUCAAAUGCUGCUUUGUGUUCUGUGCUUGAUUGUGUACAAUACUUUGCACUAAAGUAGCCUUUUGACUGUAGUUCCUUGAAAAAACCUGCUGAAAAUAAAGAAUUAUUUUUAAAGAGUUAA